AUGGCCACUCCUAAGCGGUUUCCGACGCUCGUACAGCUGGAACAGAGAGAAGGGACGCUAUUCGAGGUGCUCGGUAACCUCACCAAGCGACCCUAUUGGUUCCACUCCGAGUACCUGAAGAGUCCGAAGGCUGUUCACCUCGAGGCGUGGCUGGUGGAGGCGAUCUUCGGUCGGGGAGGAGAGCACAUACCACACGUCGAGUGUGUGUCACAGACCCUGCUUCACGUUAAUCAUUGGGACCCCGAGGGCGAAGCUGAGAUCUUGAUAUUUGGUCGGCCCUAUUACCAGAAAGAUGUAUCCAAGAUGAUCAUGAAUUUGGCUGACUAUCAUCGCCAACUCCGGGCACAAAGCUCAGAGAAGGCCCCUGCCCAGGAUGUAGGGACGCAGCGGUCCCCCGACGCUGUCCCGGAGGCGGGGACCCAGAGCUCUCCAAAGUCUGUCCGGGAGGCGGCGACCCAGCGGUCCGACGACGCAGCUCCGCAGGUGGCGAGCCAGAGCUCUCCGAAGUCUGUUCAGGAGGCGGCGACCCAGAGAUCCCCCCACGCUGCCCAAGAGGUGGCGACCCAAAGCUCUCCGAAGGCUGUCCGGGAGGCGGCGACCCAGCAGGACCCCAGCGCUGUCCGGGAGGCGGCGACCCAGCAGGACCCCGGCGCUGUCCGCGAGGCGGCGACCCAGCGUUCCCCCGGCGCUGUCCGCGAGGCGGCGACCCAGCAGGACCCCGGCGCUGUCCGGGAGGCGGCGACCCAGCGUUCCCCCGGCGCUGUCCGCGAGGCGGCGACCCAGCGUUCCCCCGGCGCUGUCCGCGAGGCGGCGACCCAGCAGGACCCCGGCGCUGUCCGCGAGGCGGCGACCCAGCAGGACCCCGGCGCUGUCCGCGAGGUGGCGACCCAGCGUUCCCCCGGCGCUGUCCGGGAGGCGGCGACCCAGCAGGACCCCAGCGCUGUCCGGGAGGCGGCGACCCAGCGUUCCCCCGGCGCUGUCCGCGAGGCGGCGACCCAGCAGGACCCCGGCGCUGUCCGCGAGGCGGCGACCCAGCGUUCCCCCGGCGCUGUCCGCGAGGCGGCGACCCAGCAGGACCCCGGCGCUGUCCGCGAGGCGGCGACCCAGCGUUCCCCCGGCGCUGUCCGCGAGGCGGCGACCCAGCAGGACCCCGGCGCUGUCCGGGAGGCGGCGACCCAGCGUUCCCCCGGCGCUGUCCGCGAGGCGGCGACCCAGCGUUCCCCCGGCGCUGUCCGCGAGGCGGCGACCCAGCAGGACCCCGGCGCUGUCCGGGAGGCGGCGACCCAGCAGGACCCCGGCGCGGUCGGCGAGGCGGCAACCCAGCGCUCCCUGGAUGCUACCUAG